AUGUUCCCACAGGUAAUUUUUAAUGAUGUUCGGCAAUCAAACUACUCGGGUCCUAUUGAUACCCAGAGACCACCUACCAGGGUUGCUAGUGUACAGAUAAUUGUUUCAUUAAUCUUGGGGUUUUCGGCAUUCAUGCUAUUUUCGAUAUUAAGGCUCAAAUAUCCAAAGAUUUAUGUUGCUAACUUCAACCACUUGAAUAGUAACUACGUACAUAGUUCAUCGAGGCAGAAUUUGCCAAGGUUGCCCUCGAGAUCGCUAUUCGGAUGGAUCCCUAUCCUACUCAGAAUUAGUGAGCAACAGGUGUUGGAUCAUGCUGGGUUAGACGCUGUGGUAUUUCUUGGAUUUUUCAAAAUGUGCAUCAAAUUAUUGGCGGUAUGUGCAAUUUUUGCCAUAACUGUGAUAUCGCCAAUACGAUAUAAGUUUACGGGUAAAUUGGAUCAGGACGAUCCCGAUGAUGAUUUUGAUAAUAGCGUCGGAAUAUUCAAAAAGAAAAAACAAAGUUACGAGCUAUUCCUAUGGUCUUAUACCGUAUUCACAUAUGUCUUCACCUUUAUCGUGAGUUUCUUCUUGUUUAAGCAAACAGUCAAAAUCAUAAAUAUGAGACAGAAGUAUUUAGGUAAACAAAAGUCUAUUACCGAUAGAACUAUCAAGCUUUCGGGUAUUCCUCCAAUGUUACGAGAUGAAGAGGAUUUGAAAAGGCACGUCGAGGGCCUAAACAUAGGAGAAGUAGAUUCCAUUGUAAUCGUAAAGGAAUGGAAUGACUUGAACAAACUCUUCCAGUUGAGAAAAAAAAUCUUAAGGAAAGCAGAAGUUUACUGGGUUACAUAUUUUGAGGCCAAUGGAAUUAAAAAUAAGAAUGAUAUACUCUGCAGUAAUUUACACCCCAAUCUUGGAGAUCUGUUCAAUAUGAAUUCUACUACAGCAUAUCAUGAUAGAGAUGAGGAAUCCAAUUAUCCAGAGGAAUCAUCUGAAGUUGGAACAGAGGAAACCGUUGGUGCUUCCGAAUCAAGACGUUCAAGCAUAAUAGAACAAAUAACAGAUCACAUCGAACAAGAGAAUAUAGAUGAAUCCACAGGUCAAUUACCUCUAUUAGAUGAUGAAUUACAUAGCCGCCCAAAAGUAAGAAAUGGCUUGUUUGGAUUGUUUGGACCCCGUCUGGAUGCCAUUAACUACUACACCCAACAAUUGGAGGUCAUAGAUAAGGAAAUUGCCAGAGCAAGACAAAGGGAUUAUCCAGCAACAUCAACUGCAUUUAUAACAAUGAAAUCGGUUAGCCAGGCGCAAACGGUUGCACAGGCUGUAUUGGACCCUAAAAUUAAUCAUUUAAUUACUACUUUAGCACCGGCACCGCAUGAUAUUAUAUGGGAUCACUUGUGCUUAACUAGAAGAGAGCGUAAUCUUAGAAUCUUUUUUGUUACUUUAUUUAUUGGGAUUUUUAGUCUUAUUUUAGUCAUUCCAGUUAGAUAUCUUGCACAGUUCCUUAGUCUCAAAUCAAUUUCAAAGGUAUGGCCAUCAUUAGGUAAGUUUUUGGAAAGUAAUCGGUUAGCUGCAACAUUAGUCACGACUUUAUUACCAACUUAUCUUUUUACUAUCCUCAAUAUCAUUAUGCCAUACUUCUAUAUUUGGAUAUCAUCCAUACAAGGUUACACAUCCCACAGUGAUGAAGAGUUAUCUACUGUUUCGAAGAAUUUCUUUUAUAUUUUUGUCAAUUUAUUCUUGGUUUUUACAAUGGCUGGUACAGCCUCAUUGAGUGAUACAACAGAGAUUGCAUAUCAGCUAGCUCAGUCCUUAAGAAAGCUUUCCUUGUUUUACGUUGAUUUAAUAAUAUUGCAAGGAUUGGGUAUAUUUCCUUAUAAAUUAUUAUCUUUGGGAAAUUUAUUCAAGUUUUCUAUUGGAGCAUUAUUUUGGUGUAAAACUCCGAGAGACUACUUGAACUUAUAUAAACCUCCAGUAUUCAAUUUUGGAUUACAAUUACCCCAACCGAUAUUGAUUUUGAUUAUAACUAUUGUAUAUUCGGUUAUGUCCACCAAAAUCUUGACGGCUGGCUUGGUUUACUUCAUAAUUGGUUACUUCGUUUACAAAUACCAAUUACUUUACGCAUGUGUCCAUCCUCCACAUUCUACUGGAAAGGUGUGGCCAUUGGUAUUUAGAAGAAUAAUCCUAGGUUUAUUGAUUUUCCAAUUGACGAUGGCAGGAACUUUGGCAUUACAAAAAGCAUACAUUUGUGCAUCAUUUUUAUCUCCAUUGCCAAUACUAACUUUAGCAUGUUUGUGGAAUUUCCAAACGAAUUACAUUCCUUUGUCUAUAUUUAUUGCAUUAAGAUCGAUCGAUAACAAUGAAGUUUCUUCUCAAGGUGAUGAUAACGGAGAAACAACGAGUGCAUCAUCACAAAAUGUGGAACCAAAUUUCAAAACUUUAGAUGAAAGACGAGAAUUGAAUAAGACUUACGAAUAUCCUCAUCUUAUUGACAAUUUAGAUGGUCCAUUGAUUGCGAUUGAUGGAACUGAAAUAUUAUUAGUGAACAAUGAUGGAAUGACCGUUAGAAAAGCCAAGGAUUUUGAGGAAUGGGACUAA